AUGGGCACUCACAAGCUCAUCUCUACCUACCUUGCACAACACCCAGAUCACUCGGCCAAACAAGCUAUGAAACACCUCUUUCCUCUACCCAACCCACUCAAAAGACUGGCAAAGAGGUUCAAAGUGAAGCAUUCGGUGAUCAACGGUAUGACGGAAAAAGAGCUGCGGCAUUGGACGGCCAGGGAGACGGAAUUGAAAAGGAAAGCUGGAUGGAAGGUUGCCGGGGAAGAGGAUGGAGUGGAGUGUUCGGAUUUGUUCUGGAAGAUGUACCUGUCCCUCAUGCCCACCAUGGAGCGUGACCCUCUUUCCGGUCUGGUCCCUCCUGAUUUGCUCGGUUCUACUACCACCAUGCCGUUGAGCAUCAUUUCGCUUAUCCCUGAUAUCAUACAACACUAUAGAGACGUCAUUGUGAGAGCAGAAAAAGAGGUGUUCUUAGUGACGAAUUAUUGGCAACCCUCAGCCUCGGUCAGUACCGUUACACAAGCAUUAAAAGAUCUUUCCGCCAAAGUGAUCAAAUCGGGUAGAGAAAAGGUGGUGGUCAAAAUCAUGUACGAUCGUGGAUCAUGGGAACAAUUAUGGAACGCACAUGCUCCUGUUUUGCCAAAAGAAUGGGCCCCAUUGAAUCUCCCCACAGAAGAAGAUAUCCCUGGUUUAGAUAUGGAAGUGGUGGUGAUCCUUCUCGGGACUUUUCACGCCAAAUUCCUCAUAGUCGACCGUAAAGUCGCCUUGAUCAAUUCAAACAAUAUCCAAGAUCGACCAAAUCUCGAACUCAUGACUCAUCUCGAAGGACCUAUAGUCGAUUCAUUCUACGAAAUCGCCUUACAUUCAUGGUACAAUCGUCUGACUCCCAUGUUACCUUGUAUUUCCUCACCAUAUCAACCUCCACUAGAUUCGUCAGGUAAAAUACGUUACUUGUUCCAAGAUCGUAAUCCUUAUUUUGACGAUAUCGAAGUUUUAAAAGCUGCCAAAGCAGCAAGGAUACUUCUUCGUCGUCAAACCAAAGAUAUGGAUGAAGAAGCUGCUAGACAUCAUGGAGAACAUGGUCAAACGGAAAGAUUGAUAGAAGCUGUUAAGAAAGUCGUUGAACAACAAAGAGCUAAUUUUGCCGAAUGGCAUCCUGCGGAUGAUUUCGAAGCUAGAAGACAACAAUUAAGAGAGUUUACAAAAGGUUUAGGAUUACAAAGUAGAGUUGGGAGUAGGUCUAAUAGUCGUGGACCUAGUAGAAGGGGGAGUGCGAAUGAGAGGAUUUUAAGGACUUUCAGAGAAGAAACUCGUAACGCACUCCUUCAUGCCGACCCAUCAGAAGCUCCUUCCACUCCUACGGCAGUUUCCGAAAACCUACCCAAAACCAUCAAUCCAGAUACGCAAAUAUGGGGAAAUUCAGGUCGUUCAUCCCCCUCACAUUCAGAUCAUCCAUUUAUAGAUACACCACUUCGUAGUCCAGGCGAUGGACCUAGGGUGUCAUUCGAAACUCGACCAAUGAUCACGGGUAGAUUAUUAGAUGGAAAUUUGGUUGAAUCCCCAACGACUUCCACUGAACAUUUACCUCGAAACUAUUCAUUCGGUCCAAAGUCAAGAGGUGUAAGUCCAUCACGGAAUGCUCCUGUAUCUUUGGGAGAACCAAUCAUCUUUCCUCCAGGCCCUAAACUAUCGGAGAAAGAUAAAGACGUUAUCAUCACUGAGAAAAACGCGACAGAGCGUGAAGGGGGAAAUGACCUCACGACAGCCGAACCAAUGGAUACUUCGGAAAAAGGGAAAUUAGGGUAUGACAUGAAGAAAGGUUUGGAUCCACCGUGGAACGAGGAAUCCAAGCAUUUGGGAGAAACGAUAGAUGUACAAUUGGAAGAUGCUCCCAAGAUGGAAAGACAUGAAACGGAAUUACCUGAAGGUGCUGGAAGUAGAAGGAUGUUUCAUCUUUCUAAAAAGUUUAACGCCGGCGCAUUGUCAGAAGCUUGGGCUACGGUAGAAGAUUCAGACGAAUUGGAUAAUUUCAGACCGCAUAUAGUUCAUAAACCUCAUGACCCAUUUCCUAUAGCUAUGUGUUGUCGUAAACCACACGGAUUUCCCGGACAUCAUGAUAUUCGUAAUCCACAAAAUGCCGCUUGGUUAGCUGGUAUGCGUUAUGCACAAAAACGUAUUUUCAUUCAAUCUCCAACAUUGAACGCUAGACCUAUAGUCCGCGGUGUGAAACAAGCAUGUAGGAGGGGUGUGAUGGUUGAACUUCUUCUUGAUCUCGGCUUCAAUGAUAAAGGCGAAUCCAUACCUUUUCAAGGAGGUACAAACGAAGAAGUAGUAGAUCGUUUAUACAAGACUUUGAAGAAAGAAGGUAAAGAACAAUUCCUCAAAGUUUAUUGGUACACGGGUAAAGAUCAAGUAAGACCAUUGAACGCAGUGAAGAAACAAAGGAAUUGUCAUAUCAAAUUUGCAGCGUACGAUGAUCAGGUUUUGAUACUUGGUAAUGGGAAUCAAGAUAGUCAAAGUUGGUUUCAUAGUCAAGAGAUUAACGUCAUGAUUGAUUCGAAGCAAAUCGUUUCGGAAAUGAUGGAUCAACUCCUCUCUAAUCAAAACACUAUGCAAUAUGGUUUAGUGGAUACAGAUGGAGUUUGGAGGGAUAAAGAAGGGAAAACGUUGGUGGAUUACGGAGCGACAGGAAAAGGGACUUUUAGAGGUUUAUCAGCUUUUAUAACGUUUGCUAAAUCCAUCUAA